AUGAGCGAUGAACAACUACCCGAACGACUCUUCUACGGAGACGUCGCUAUGGGUGCUAGCCGACAAGGAAGUCAAACAUCCCGCUACAUGGACACCCAGAUAAAUGCCCAAAGCGCUUACAAACCAAAUCGAAACCGGAGAAGCCCUCCACGGGACCGAUCGGCCUGGAGAAGGGUGAUGAAGAUCGGAGCAACAGUUUAUGAAGCCAACCGGCUUUUUGCUGUCGGAACCAGAGGAGCGAUUCACAAGUCUCAAGCUUCUCAGAUCCACAACGCCAACAGCCGACCUCUUCCAACAUGCCCACACUUCCAACGAAUUUUUCACGCGCAGAUUACUCACGAUGGACAUUUCAGAACCCAGUACAAUUACAACUCAGCAAUCCCAACUGCUGUCUCUACAACUGCCCCCAUCGUCACCCCUACAGUGACAUUUACGGCACCCGCGACAACGACCUCCCUCACCACCAAUGAUCACACUCCUGAUGCCCCGCUGUCCCCGAUCAGCUCCAUAAUCUCCGCCACAAAUCCACCGAUGACGGCGACGACUACCAACUCUCCAAUGAACGCCAUCGGUGAUAACACUCCCACUGCUUCGUCAACCGCUAUUCCCACCAACAGCUAUGAGGAUUCUGUCCCCACUUGUCCUUAUUGUGGUCACGCAUUCACUCCACGCAUUGGCCUGAUCAGUCACAUGAGUAUGCGCAACAGCGAAAUUCACCGCAAUAUCGGCACACCAAGCAUACCUUGCCCAUCCAACAACUCUCCCAUCCCCAACCCUGUGGACUCCCCACCCACUAGCGCGACCACCAUUAGCAUCACAGCAACCCCAACCGACUCAACCUCUCCCACCCUACCCUACCGGCGAAUGUGCACGUCACGCGCCGGCCUGGUGGGCCACUUUCGAAUCCAUCGCCCAAAGACUGACAGACUAGUGCCUGGGGCACCAACAUACGCCCAUCGCCAUAGCCUCAGUUGCUCAUAA